GAUGAGGCAGAAGCCAAUUUAGUUGCUGCUGAGACGCGAAUCAAGACAGAACCAAGAAUAUUUGAAAAGCCGGUGAAAUUUCAGUCGCGCAACCGGGGAACAGUGAUAUUUGCAUAUGUAUGUACAUUGAAAGCUUGGUCUAAUUAAUGAAGUCUGAAGUCAACAGUGCAAGAAUGUGGUCUGUACUUUUUGCGAUCUUCUUCUUCGGCGGUUAUAUUUGUGAAAAUUCUUUGGCUCAGGAUGCGUUGCGUGGCAUUGUUUUCCCCAAGGAAAGUAGUGAUAGCACCUGCUUUGUGGAUACAACGAAAAAAGUACGUGGCACCUGCAAAAAUCUAGCCGAAUGUGGUUCAGCGCUAAGGCGUUGGAAGAAUCAAAAUAUACGUCCACAAACUUGUUAUUUCAAUAAAUUCGAACAUAUAGUAUGUUGCGAAAUCGAAACGAGUCCUAUAUUGGAGCCAAUCUUAUAUAUGAAACCGAUGCAGGUGAAGCGACGCAGUGAGAUGGAAUGUGAAUCUCAACAAGGUACCUUUCAUACAACUGUGGUGAAUGGCCAGCCAGCGGCACCUAGAGAAUUUCCCUACAUGGCUGCAGUGGGUUGGCUGUCCAACAAUGAUAAAGGCAAUUCCUUUUUCUACUGCGCCGGCGUAUUAAUAUCACCGCAAUUCGUGUUGACAGCAGCGCAUUGCACGGGCUUGGGCGGACAAUCGCCUACAGUGGUACGAGUGGGCGGCACUAAUAUCACCGAUCCGCAAACACCAAAUAUACCCAUUAAGAGAAUCAUAGUGCAUCCAGGUUAUAGGAGCGGUGCAUCUUAUAAUGAUAUUGCAUUAUUGGAAUUGGCACAGGAAUCAAGAGAAACUCCAGCUUGCUUGUGGAACCAGUACGAUGUACCACAUAACAAUGUAACAGCUCUCGGUUAUGGGCACACGCAAUUUGCUGGCACCAACUCCAAUGUUUUGCAGAAAGCCACUUUAUUUGUUGUACCCAAUGACAUUUGUAUACGUUACUAUAUGCCAGAUGAGAAUAUUCUGCAGCAAGGUUUGGCCAGCACACAGAUAUGCGCUGGUGAUCAGGAAAAUCGUCGCGAUACGUGCCAGGGCGACUCUGGCGGUCCGCUAAUCAUGAAAGUCGAUCGCGACAUCACCUAUUCGUAUGUGAUUGGUAUAACCUCAUUUGGACAGGCUUGUGGCGGUGCACCACCAAGCAUUUACUCACGCGUUUCAGCGUACAUCGACUGGAUAGAGGACAUUGUAUGGCCGAUAGCACAGCUGAGUGGUUUCGGAGUGAAUGGUUAAAAUUUUGGCGUAGAGAGAGGGAGAGAGAAGAGAAAUGAUUAUAAUUAUGUAUAAAACUAAGAGAGAAUAUUUGGAAUUUUUAGAUGUAGCUUUAAGUAAAAUACAAUUUGAAAAACUACUAUUUGUAGAUUUGUAACGCAGA